UACUUAUAAUCAUAGAAACCAAUGAAUAUCCCAAAUCCUCCUCCUGCCAACGUCGAAGUCUGUUUUCGUUCUCAUACAAAACUUAGAAACAGGCUGUGUUGAAACAUGUCUGAACUAAGCUUAUCCUUUCUCUUCCUUCUUUUCAUCUCUACAGCCUUCAAAGUAACCUCACAAGACAUAAAUGCCGAACGAGAUGUUCUUCUCAACUUUAAACAGCAACUGGGCAAUCCACCAUUCCUUCAAUCCUGGAACUCAUCUUCCUCACCUUGCGAUUGGCCGGAGAUCAACUGCACCGCCAAUUCUGUCACCGAAGUUCAUCUCCGUGACAAGAACAUUACCACACCGAUUCCUUCAACAAUAUGCGACCUUAAAAACCUCACUUUCCUUGACCUUGCUUUCAAUUACAUCCCUGGAGAGUUCCCAGCUCUUUACAAUUGUUCAAAGCUCCAGACCUUAGACCUCUCUCAAAACUAUUUUGUUGGUCCAAUUCCUGACGAGAUUGACCGGUUGUCAGCUCUGGUUUACUUGGAUGUUGGUGCUAAUAAUUUCUCUGGUAAUAUUCCACCAAGUAUUGGAAGACUACCAGAGUUGCAAACCUUGUACAUGUACCAAACCCAGUUCAACGGGACAUUUCCUAAGGAAAUUGGAAACUUAUCCAAUCUCGAGGUUUUGGGUUUGGCUUAUAAUGACUUUACCCCCAUGAAGAUACCUCAGGAAUUUGGUCAGUUAACGAAGUUGUCCUUUUUGUGGAUGACAUUCACCAAUCUGAUAGGCGAAAUCCCUGAAUCUUUCAACAACCUUACCAAUCUGCAGCACUUGGACUUAGCUAGAAACAACUUGGAAGGUCCAAUUCCUAGUAGGCUGUUUUCUUUGAAGAAUCUAACGCAUGUUUAUCUCUUCAAGAAUAAGCUGUCCGGUGAGAUACCAAAACCCGUUGAAGCGUUGAAUUUAAAAGAAAUUGAUCUUUCGAUGAAUACUUUGACUGGCUCCAUUCCAGAGGAUUUUGGGAAGUUACAAUAUCUGGACUUUUUAAGCCUGUUCUCGAACAGGUUAACGGGAGAGUUGCCAACAAGCAUUGGUCUUCUUCCUGCACUGAGAGAUUUCCGUGUUUUUCACAACAAUUUGACUGGUAUUUUCCCACCGGAGUUCGGCCUUCAUUCGAAGCUCGAAGGGUUCGAGGUGUCAGAGAAUCAGUUCAGUGGUCAACUGCCUGAAAAUUUAUGUGCUGGAGGUGUUCUGCAAGGAGUGGUUGCUCAUACAAAUCAGCUCAGCGGGCAAGUACCUAAGUCUCUUGGAAAUUGCCCCACUCUACGCACAUUUCAGCUUCAAAACAACAAUUUCUCAGGCGAGAUCCCUCAAGGAAUAUGGACAACCUUCAAUUUGUCGUCCUUGAUGUUAAGCAACAAUUCUUUUUCGGGCAAACUACCAAGUCAACUUGCAUGGAAUCUGUCGAGGGUGGAAAUUAGUGACAACAAGUUCUCCGGUGAAAUUCCGGUCACCGUUGCAACAUGGACAAAUUUGGUCGUUUUUCAGGUUAGCAACAAUUUGUUUUCAGGCAAAAUCCCAAAGGAGAUAACGUAUCUUUCUGACCUUACAACUCUGCUUCUCGACGGUAAUGAUUUUUCUGGUGAAUUACCAUCUGAAAUAAUUUCAUGGAGAUCGUUGACUACAUUAGAUGCCUCUAACAACAAGCUUUCUGGUGAAAUCCCUGCUGCGAUUGGUUCAUUACCUAAUCUGCUUAACUUGGAUUUAUCAGAAAACCAAUUCUCUGGUGGAAUUCCUCCUGGCAUUGGCAACAUGAGGCUAACUUCACUCAACUUGUCAUCUAAUCAACUUGUCGGCAGGAUCCCGAGUCAGUUAGAUAACCUUGCAUAUAAUAACAGUUUUCUGAACAAUGCUGGUCUAUGCGCAGAUAAUUCGAUCAUAAAACUUCCGGAUUGCAGUUCCGAACACCGUCAUAGCAAGAGGUUGUCCUCUGGAUAUCUUGCCAUCAUUCUAACAAUUUCCAUCUUUGUUUCCAUAGCUAUCCUUGUGUUGAGCUUCUUCAUAGUUCGAGACUACAGGAGGAAAAAGCGCAGACAGAAUCUAGCAACAUGGAAGUUGACUUCGUUCCAGAGAUUGGAUUUCAGCGAAGGAAACAUAUUGACCAAUUUGACAGAUAACAAUCUCAUCGGAAGUGGUGGAUCGGGGAAGGUUUAUCGAAUUGUUGUUAACCGUAAUAAUGAAUUUGUUGCUGUGAAGAAAAUCUGGAAUAGUAAGAAACUAGAUUACAAGCUUGAGAAAGAGUUUUUAGCAGAAGUUGAAAUACUGGGCAGCAUUCGCCAUUCCAACAUAGUGAAGUUGUUGUGUUGCAUUUCCAGUGAAGAUUCAAAGCUUCUGGUAUACGAGUACAUGGAAAAUCAGAGCCUUGAUAAAUGGCUUCAUGGGAAUAAGAGAUCAUCAAUGUCAAGGAUGGGUUCAGUUUUGGAUUGGCCAACAAGGUUGCAAAUUGCUGUUGGAGCUGCUCAGGGGCUAUGCUACAUGCACCAUGAGUGUCCAACACCAAUCAUUCAUCGUGAUGUGAAGUCGAGCAAUAUCUUAUUAGACUCCGAAUUCAAGGCAAAAAUUGCAGAUUUUGGACUUGCUAAGAUGCUAACUAGGCAUGCAAGUUCUCACACAAUGUCUGUAGUUGCAGGAUCUUUCGGUUACCUCGCCCCAGAGCACGCAUAUACAACAAAAGUGAAUGCAAAGAUAGAUGUUUACAGCUUUGGCGUGGUACUCCUGGAAUUGGUGACAGGAAGAGAAGCCAAUAGCACGGAUCAGAAUAUGAGCUUAGUACAAUGGGCGUGGCAGCACUUCUCAGAAGAUAAGCCAGUAGUUGAAAUACUUGAUCCAGAGAUAAGAGAAUCACCUUACUUGGAAGAAAUUAAAAUGGUAUACAAGGUAGGAAUUGUGUGUACGCGUGCAUCUCCUUCUACCAGGCCUUCCAUGAAAGAAGUUUUGCAUGUCCUUCGUAGCUGUUGUCCGGAGGAUGGUAAAGGAGCCAAAAAAAAGGUUAGCGACAUUGAUGUAGCUCCACUUCUUGGCACUGCCACUUACCUUUAUAGUUACAAGAACAGUAAGAAGGUAUCCAACGAAGAUGACAGCAUGAUUUACAAUGUCUGAUUGACAAUACAAAAGGGACAUGGACGCCCAUGUCAAAAGGAAUCCCAUGAGUGGGGGGCUUUGCUUGUUUAUUUCUACAUUAACAUGGGAUCAGUGUAUGUAUGCAGAAUGUAUCAUUAGCUUAGGUUAGUUGUAGUCUAGCUGAACAUGAUUUUGGCUAUCAUAAAUUUUCCUUCUUUUCAAUCAAUCUUCCGUUCCGAUUUUGAA